UAUUUGUCAUAUCGUGUUUCUCAUCAUAUUCAAAUUUGUGAAAAUGAAUGCAAACUCAGAGAGAAUUGAGAUUUCAAGAGAUUUGUUGGAAAAGGCUGAAAAAGCUCGUUCCGUACUACUACCGACUAAGUCGGAACUUAAGUACAAAAAGGAAUAUGACAAAUUUCUGCAGUGGAUGGAAGUUAACCGUAUGGAUAGUAAAAACACGAGUGAAACUGUAAUGUUGGCGUAUUUUCAAGAGAUGUCUGAAUUGUAUAGUCCUAAUUCGCUGUGGACUAAAAGGUCAAUGCUAAAAUUGAUGAUGAGAAUACAUGAUGACAUAGAUGGAAGUAAAUUUCACGAAUUGGAAGCGUUUCUCAAACGCAAAAGUAAAGGCUAUGAGCCAAAAAAGUCUCAAGUGUUUAGUCGGGAAGAUAUUGUCAAAUUUUUGAAGAAUGCGUCUGAUCAAGAAUACUUACUUCAUAAGGCAUUCUUUGAUAAGUUCUUCACAUCUCCUGCAAAUGACAUUAAUUAUGUCAUCUUUGUCCAAGUCAGAAAUUAA